CGGGUGAAGACGCUAAUCGCUUUGAAGACGCAAUUGCGCAACCACAGGGUGAAGACGCAAAUGCGCAUGAAGACGCAAUUCCGUUUGAAGACGCAAAUGUGCCUGAAGACGCUAUUCCCGGCGGGGAUCCCCAUUCCCGGGGAAUAUGACGCUAUUCCCGGCGCAGACGCUAUUCCCGGCGCAGACGCUAUUCCCGGCGCAGACGCUAUUCCCGGCGCAGACGCUAUUCCCGCGAAGACGCUAUUCCCGGCGAAGACGCUAUUCCCAGCGAAGACGCUAUUCCCGGCGCAGACGCUAUUCCAGGCGAAGACGCUAUUCCCGGCGAAGACGCUAUUCCCGGCGAAGACGCUAUUCCCG